AUGGCUUCGAUCGCCGCUAACUUCGUUGGUCAAGGUAAAAAGAUUAUCGGGAUCGGCAGAAAUUAUUUAGAUCACGUGAAAGAAUUAAAAAAUCAGGUACCUUCGAAACCAUUUUUUUUCUUGAAGCCAACAACAAGCUACAUUACUCGAGGCCAAAAGAUCGAAAUUCCGUCCGGAAUUGAUUGUCAUCACGAAGUCGAGUUAGGGGUGAUUAUCGGAAACAAAUGUCGAUCGGUGACUGCUCAAAAUGCCAUGAACUAUGUUGCUGGAUACACAGUAGCCAUUGAUAUGACGGCACGAAAUCUACAAGAGGACGUCAAACGUAAACAACUCCCUUGGUCGUCCGUCAAAGGCUUCGACACGUUUUGUCCAGUUGGGAAAUUCAUUGAAGCCCAUGAAAUCGUAGAUCCCCACCAGCUUUCCAUAUGGUUAAAGCUCAAUGGACAACUCAAACAGCACAGUUCAACUCAAAACAUGAUCCACAAAAUCCCAGACUUGAUUUCUUAUUGCAGCGGAAUCAUGACUUUAGAAGAAGGAGAUUUACUGCUGACAGGUACACCAGCUGGUGUUUCAUCCGUUUCCCCAGGCGAUGAGGUUGAGAUCGGAUUGGAACAAAAAGUCGAUAAAAAUGAUUCAUCGGUGAAGAUAAUUGAUCAGAUCAAAUUUAGUGCCAUCAAACGUCCCGAUGGACUAACAUACGAUCAAUUGAAGGUCUGA